UUUGAAGGUGCGAACAAGAAAUUUAGUUUUGAGAGUCAGGCAUAUACAUAAUACCGCUUGCUCUCCUUUUCUCUCCAGUUUCCCACGUUCCAAUCUCUACUUUUACCCACUCCGUUCCCACGUUGUUUUACCACCGCAACAACAUAAGCCUUAUUCUCGUCAUUCAGAAUAUCUUCUCGCACAUCCAUUUCUCAAGACUCUCUUCUAUAACUUAGCAAAAGUUACCUGAAGUGACAUCAGCCAUGAGGCCGGGUAGAUACGCCAUUCACUCUCACAGUGGCCCUGCCACUAUCCCCUACAUCCCUCCACAGAGGGACCAAACCAGUAGCAUCCCUCACGGCGACGAUAGUGCAGACGAUGGCUCAGACAUGGAACAGUCUGGCAGUUGCCGCGGCGGAAAUCAGGGUUCCAGUAGCCCUGGUUGGAAUUUUGGCGAAGGCUCCUCCCGAAAUGGAUCUCAACAGAAUCCCUAUCGACAGAGCCCUCAUCAGCAAAGUCCCUAUCAACAGAGUCCUCGCCAAUGGGGCCCUCAUCAGCAGGGUUCUAAUGACGGUUAUUAUCGCUCCUUACUAGAGCUAUGUGAAACGGCCAAGGAUACUAUCAUGACUAGGUAUAGACAAGGACAGGCACAUAUACAAUGCCUCAAUCAAGAUCUGUUGCUAGGGGCAGAGCAUUUCCACAAGGUGGAGGAUGAGGCCAACUACUGGAAGCAGAAAUGCUAUGAAAAAGAACGCGAGAUCAACCAAGUGAGGGAGAAAUGGCGUCAAACAGCUAUUUUCGCGCAGACAAUGUCAACGUGGGCGCCAGGUCGCCAUCAUGCCCUAGAAAAAAUAUCAAACGACCUAGAGGAAACUUAUAAACGUCUCAAGAACUCAGUCGAUGCUAUCAUGGCACACUGCGAAGUUGAUAUCCUUGGCAAGGAUACGACAGGGCAAAACUCUGGCAAGCUCACGAACGAUUUGCACCAACUCUACCUGUUAUGUGACCAGAUGAUGACCGAAACCGGACAUUAUCGCGCGCUCGAAAAGUGGUUACGAGAACCACCUUGGCUGAGAGGAGACAUAUAGUUCUUUCUUCAGCAUCGACAAAGCUAGCGAAUCUUGUGAGGAGAUGUUGGCUAGUGUAAUUGUCUAGUGGGUAUACUUUGUUUGUAAUCCUAGGUGAGGGAAUGGGCGCAACAAGCUACGAGGAAUUAAUUCCUAAAUAGACAGGACCAAUGGUGGCCGAGGGCUAGGAUGCAGGGUAGAGAGGGUCGAAGGAGGAUCCAUGCACAUGACUUGAGGAGGGAGUCGGUUGUGACGACAUCGAGCCCUUGUCUGGGGUUGCACUCAUCUCCAUUCUAGGUCGAAAGACGGAUUUUGAGUCCAACACCAUAGCGUUAGUCCAGAUAGCGAAUUGCCAAAAGC